CAGGCAAAUCUAAUAAGGUAAUCCUGUUCACCUGUGCUCAGAGGAAUUCUAUUCAGAGAAAGAACUUCAGCUGAAAGCUUCUCCAAAGACACCACUGGUUAUCAACCUACUUAAGUUCAAGAAAUGGUGCACUGAUGUUAAGAUCCAUCUCAAAAGAAAGGAUGAAUAAACAAAAUGUGAGUGAGCUGAGUUGUUCCUGUGUCUCUUUGGAAAAAGCAAGCCUUUUCAAGUUUGGGAAAAUGCUGAAGUGACUUCAGAUGAAGAAAAACUUGACAGUUGAUAACCAAGGUUCCAGUGAAGACCUGAUAAGAGAGUUCUGGUGAGCAGAAGAGGACAAUCAAGGAGGACAUCAAGCAUCAGCAUUAAUGUUCACAAUGGCUGAAGAAAUGUUUGGAAAGUCAAUAAAACAAUUAAAGCUGGAGCGAACCAUGAUUAAAUCUUCCUUCACUAAGCAAGCCAACUUCCUGAGCAGAAGAACUCCCAAUAUGACAGAGAUGGAACUGCAGGAGGAGUUCAAAAAGCUCACCUCUGACGCUAGACAUCCACACAGGCCCGCUAACAGGAGCGCUCAUCUCGUCAUCCUCCGCUGCCUCUUCUUCAAUGCCCUCCCAACCUCCAGCCAGGCCAUGUCGGCCCAGACUCCCACCUCCAAUGCUUAAGCCCUCCCACCUUCCCUCCAGACCUCCUCUGCCGCAAACAACCCCUGCAUCCCUCCCUCCUGCUCCUGCACCCCCUUUUUCUCUCUGCUCCAACACUUCUGCCCCAUCUCUUCCAGCUCCUCUUUCUCCCAUUGUUAUUUCCCAAUCUACACUAGAAUCAUCUUCCUCCUCUGAUCCGACUCCCUCCUUUUCAGCUGCAGCUCUUCCUUCAUCUUUGUCCCCAACAGUCUCAUCCCCCACUGCAUCCUCCCCCCCUCUUGCGUCCCCCCCUGUCAUCCCACCCUCCUCUCCAGCUGCUCUGCAUCUCAGCACCAUAGAUCAGCUGGUUGGGAGCCUUUCAGUGUGGCAGCCCAGAGGACUGAGCCAAGACAACAUCUCAUGUUUACUGGAGAAACAGUCUGCAGGCACAUUCCUGGCUCACGGUGCAGAAGACAAGGUCACAAUGAUUUCAGUCCGACUCCCGGAUGAGCUGGGAUCACCUGUCAUAUGCAGCGUGGCGGUCAAACAGCACCAAACCUUUGUUCACCUAGAGGGAUCCUCUCUGGUUUUUGAUGACAUUUUCAAACUGAUCUUCUUCUACUGUGCCAGCAGAGACAUUCUUGCUUUGCCAUUGAAGUUACCCCUGUCGGUUACCAAGGCAACCAGGGCAGAAGAACUGGAGGUUAUUUCUGCUAUGGGUGCAGAUUUCUGGACUUCUGACAUAAACCAGAAGACUAAGAACCAGGACCAGACCACGCAGCCUAACAUCUACCUGCAUGUCAUCCCAGUCACUGUGGCGGAGCAGCCCAGUACAGAUAGAAAACUCUCCUCUGCCUCUAAACUAGAUUCCAUUCUCAGUGAAGAAUGUAUUCCCUCCUUGCAGAAUGGAGAAAUCUCAAAGAAGCCAACUCCACAGGUCAAAGUUCCCAAACGGCCCCCUCCCCGACCCCCCAGCCUGAGUUCAGGUUGUGGGAUGGGCCUUCUCUUCUCCUCUGCUCUCUCACUUCGAACUACUACUUUUGUGACUCCAGAAUCUGAGAGAAAAGAGGAAGGAAGAAGAGCAGUAAGUGAGAAAGAAGAGAGGAAGUCAUUGUCAACAUCGUCUCCUCCGCCAAGGCCUCCUGUCCUCCAACAGGCCAGAGGGGCUCUACUUCCACACCCUGCUCCUCUGCAACCCACCUCAGGACGACAGCUCACAGUAAAAGAGAAUGGACAAAACCCUUCAAAGAAAACUGAGAGUGAGGGAGAAAAGAGAAAGGAGAAAACAGGAAGUACAGCAGGUCUGCUGACUGAAGAGGCUGAACAGGAGGACAACCAACAUAAAGAGGAUAAGGUGACAAGAAAGGAGGAGGAAAAAGAGCUGAAGAUGGAGGAGGAUAAGCAGAAGACCAACUCCUCGUCUUCACCAUCAACAAAGAAACCAUCACGUCCCAUCCCUCCUCCAAGGAUUAAACCAUCUUUCACAAACUCACCUGUGAGCUCCUUUCAGGCCAGUGGAGGAUCAACCAAUCUGAGUGCAGGGAUGAGAAUCUCCCCUCCAUCACCAGCCCGGCGUCCAGAUGUGUCGCUGUACUCACCACAAGGUGGCGCCACUGUGGGAGCUGACCUUGAUUCCUGCUCAACCAGCAGCACAGAGGAAGAGGGAGAGCUUAACCAGGAGCAAGAACCAAACCCCAAGAGUCCUGCUGACAGUCGCUGCGAUAAAACAGCCGUCAGAAGAACCCCCACAGUCAUGUUGGACAGAGCCCGCCACCGCCUCUCCACUGUCCUUACUGGACUCAUCUUCCACGAUGGCCGCCUCACCAAGCGCAUCAUUGAGUUGGCCAGAGACCCUCUUAGCUACUUUGGUAACCUGGUAAAGGAUCACAGAGCUUUCACCUUGGAGACAAUGUCUAAACAUUCAACCUCCACGGAGCUGUUGCAGGAGAUCAGACAGAUGAUGACCCAGCUAAAGAGUUACCUCCUGCAGAGCACAGAGCUGCAGGCCUUGCUGGAGCCUCAGCAUCAGUACACACAAGACAAACUGGAGAGCAUCGUAGAGGUGGCUCUGUGUAAAAGUGUUCUGAAGCCACUGAAGGAGCCGAUCUACAAGAGUCUGGAGAAGCUGCACACAGACGCCGGCAGCAUGAAACAGCUGGCACAGAACCAGUCUGUGGUCCUCAGCAGCACCACCACGGCUUUAGGAGUUACCACCUCCAUCCCCGAGGCUCCUGCCAUGGAGAAAAUCAGCAUGAAACUGAACAAACUUCAUCAGGAAUAUUCGCCACAGAAGAAGAUCGAGCUGCUGCUGAAGACCUGCAAGAUCAUUUAUGACUGCAUGUCUGUCAGCUGUCCAGGGCGGGCCCACGGCGCUGAUGACUUCCUUCCUGUAAUGAUGUACGUCCUGGCCAGAUCCAAUCUGUCUGCCUUGCAGCUGGAUGUUGAGUACAUGAUGGAGUUGAUGGACCCCACAUUAACACUGGGAGAAGGUUCCUACUACCUGACCACCACUUACGGGGCCCUGGAGCACAUUAAGACAUUUGACCAGCAGAGGUCAGCCACGCGGCAGCUGAGCAGAGAGGUUCAGGACUCCAUCCACCGCUGGGAGAGACGACGGACACUCAACCAGGAGCGAGUGGACCAGGGAUCUGUUCGGGACUUCCUGACCGUGUAUUGCCCUGAGAUCGGUGUCAACCCAAAAACUCUGGGUGUCUUCCCCACAAUGACUGUCCAGGAGCUGACCGAGCAGUGUGCUGCACGCUUUGAACAAGACACCUACACACUGAGCUUUUACAUGGACGGUGUGUUGCAGCCUGUCGCUCCUACAGACAGGGCCCUGACUGUGAAGAACAGCUGCCAACCAGGAGCCUACUGCUUCAUCUUCCAUCCCAUCAACCAACCCAACCCUCCACUGGUCCGCAUCUGUCCCACUGACCCGCCUCCUCCUCUACCUGCUGAAAACCUCCUCACAGCUGAAGAGAUAGCCAUUGGUGCAGCAGAGCUGGAGGUGGAGGAGACUCUGAUUAACUUUUAACCCCUCCAGCACCACAGCCUGGGCAUCGCCAUGGUAACUGCAUCAAGAUAGAAGGGAUGUAAUUUAGCCUCAGAACUCACUUGAAAUGUGGAAGAUGGAUCAUCAAACAGGAACUGAGAGUAGAUCCUAAUUUCUCAUCGCAGGGUCUGGAACCCAGGUUGAUGUGUCAACACACAUGUAAUCAUGUCUAUUCUGUUUAUAAUCAACUAUAUUUGACACAGUUCUUUGUGAGGUUCAGGCCUGCCGGUUCUGAAAGCUGCAGCCUGGAAGGUUCUGAUUACUUGCAUCAGUCAGUAUUACUGUGUGGAAGGUAGAAGUGGUUCUGGAGCAGCUAGAACAUGUUUGUAGAUUAGAAAUAAACUCACAGUGGUAUAUUUCAAA